UAUUCGUGUUAAUCUGUCUAUAAAGCUAAAUUAGCUAAUUUUAGUGAGUUAAUAAACUGAUUUAUGCGCUGUUUUUAACUGAACACCUUAUUCCGCUGUGGCGAUUCAGCUCCGAGGCUCGGGGUAACGACGACAUCGGUGACGUCAUGCGUUAAAGAUGGCGGAGGGGGAAGGUGGAUGGUGGGGUGGCUGGCUGCAACAGAGCUACCAGGUCAUCAAAGACAGGUCAUCCGAAGCAUAUGAGUUCCUGAAGCGGGAUUUAACAGAGUUUUCCAACGUGGUCCAGCAUGACACAGCAUGCUCUAUCGUUGCCACGGCGAGCGCCGUCAAGAACAAGCUGGCAGUGGAAGGCUCGUCAGAAACCACAGAGAAGGUGAAGAAAAGCAUCUCCAAUAUUCUGGGCGUGAUCACUGACACGCUCGCCCCUCCUCCUGAUAUGACCAUCGACUGUGAUGUGAUAACGCUGGUGGCCACCCCCGCCGGCACUACGGAGGUGUACGACAGCAGCAAGGCCCGUCUCUACACUCUUCAGGCAGACCCGGCUACAUACUGCAAUGAACCUGAUGGUCCUCCAGAGCAGUUUGACACCUGGCUCUCCAACUUCAGUCUGGAGGAGAAAAAGGCCGAAAUAUCUGAACUGCUGGUGAACAGCCCCUCUAUCAGAGCCCUCUACACAAAAAUGGUGCCAGCAGCAGUGGCUCACUCUGAGUUCUGGCAGCGCUACUUCUACAAAGUAUUUCAGCUGGACCAGGAGGAGGCCAGGAGAGUGGCGCUGAAGCGGAGAGCAGAGGAGACCUCUCAGUCUGAAAGCUUGGGUUGGGAGGAAGAGGAGGAAGAUGAGUUCCUUGGGGCCACAUCUAUGUCACGCUUGGACUUCACACCACCCCUUGAAGAGUCUGCACUCCCUACCGUAACCAUCGAGACCCCCAGCGCGUCAACAGUCUCGCCUGUUGAUGUCAUGUCUGACGUAACUCCCUCAGUGAGCAGCGACAGCAUCAGUCUCCCCACUCAGCUGGAGAACCAUCCCGAGCAGUCUGUGAGUGCCAAGAGGCCCACGCCCACUGAGGAGGUCACCCUCAAGCUCUCGGAGGCCCGGUUAGAGGCUGCAGAGGAGAAGCAGGCGGCCCCGGUGGUGACCCCUUCACUAGCGCCAGAGACAGAACAGAACCCUGCUGAGAACAGCACUGCCAGAGCAGGACAGACCAGAGAGGACGGACCACAGGACCUCCGAGUGUUCGAGCUCAACUCUGACAGCGGCAAGUCUACGCCCUCCAACAACGGCAAGAAAGGUUCCAGUACUGAUGUUAGUGAGGACUGGGAGAAGGACUUUGAUCUGGACAUGACGGAAGAGGAGGUCCAGAUGGCUCUGUCGAAAGCUGAUGCCACCGGAGAGUUUGAAGACGAGGACUGGGAGAACUGGGACUGAAGUGCUGAAGCUGUGAUUGCUGGCCUAACACUGAUGCGAGACUUCACCGUUCCUGAACGAACCAUGCUUUAACGUCUCUCAACUCUUAGUCCACGCCCACACCUUCUCAUUCAGCCAAUCGGAAGAGAAGAACGGCUCCAGGCUCUGCUGACUGGGUGGCUUCCAGCCAGUGAAAUUUAGUUCAGAGCUGAGCUCAUUAAAGUAAAUAUCCACCCAGCAGCUAUGUCGUGUUAUACAUUUUCCUAAGGUAAUAGUUGAGCUGUUUUGGGGGGCUAGAUUGCUGUAGAGCAGAUGCCCCGCUCUAGAAAUACGGAUGCUUAAAGCUGAGCAGGACACAGGAUUGGGGGGAAGGUGGUGCACGUGCUUAAAUAUGUGUGUCAGAGACGGUGUCGGGGAGGGGAGAGAGGGAUCAGGCGAUGCCAUUUAAGCUUACAGUCUGUAAAAAUUGUUGUACUUUUAUUGUAGGAGUGGAGGGGAACAAUAAUUAACCUUCUGCCAUACUCUGUUAUGCUGCUUGUCACUUCUUCUAGGAUUAGAAAAUAAUCCUUCACAUGAAAAUAUAUGUCAUUUAUGUUUCCCAUUUUGUGUUCUAUCUUGGGCUUAAUGUCAGUUGGCUUUUUUUGUUUCUUUGUCUACAAAGUACUAACAUCUCUAAUCUUAUGCAAGUGAUGUUGUUCAAAAUGGAGACGCACGUUCAUUCAGCCUUUUCGGAGAGGACUGUCGCACUUUCAUUUCGGAUCAGAACGUGGCUACCUGCGCUACAUGGCCUUGUUCAUUGUUGUGUGGAAUGGGGGGGGGGGUUCUAUUUUGUCACACAUUGGGGGAAAAAAAAAAUAUCAUAUUUGACUAAACACAACCAGUCCUUCCUGUACAUUGUGAUGUGUUCUGUCCUUUUUCCACUUCUUUAUCAGUCUUGAAUGUCCUAAAUGAGGUUCUACCUUUCCAGGGCUAACACACGCAAUAUUUACUUUCUUGCAGGUUCUGCUCUGUGUAUGAAGUUAAGCUGUAUUUGGGUUUCAUGUAGCUGUAGCGAAUGCUGAAGUUUGUAACUAUCAUUGCUGUGCACAAAAGAGAUUUUCUUUAUUUUUCGCUUUUCCAACUUGGAUAAUGGUAAUUUAAUGAAUUCCGGCAAUUAUACACUACUAGAUUUCA